AUGCUUAUAAAAGUCAAGACACUCACAGGCAAAGAAGUAAGUAGAUUGUUAUCAAGCGCUUUACGUUCAAGGAUUAAAGAACGCGUAGAAGAAAAGGAAGGUAUUCCGCCUCCUCAACAACGUCUUAUUUAUGGUGGUAAACAAUUGAAGUCACAAAGAUUUCAAAAUUCAAAAAUGUGA